CGUUUGCUGCCCCACUCUGCCCUGAACUUUUGAUAGAGACGGAUCUGUUCCUUCUUACAGUCGCAAAGUCAACAUGGAUGUCCACAGAGUGUCUAACCACAAUCAAAUGGAUUAUAACAUCGACAACAUGGGACCCAAACACGGGAAAUUGAUGCCUUGUUCAGAGGACCGUUUUGACAGCGGCCUGGAUUCCCUGAAAGAGGACGAGCUGGUGAACGAGUUUGAGGACAUGACUGUGAACAUACGGGAUCACUCACAGGAAUACGAGCCUUGGAGAGCUGCAGUGACUGAUGAUGGUGACACGCCUCUCCACUUGGCCAUCAUUCAUGAAGCCACUGAACAUGCCCUUCAGAUGAUCAAACUGUCUCACAAUCACCCCUUCCUCAACCUGCAGAACAACCAGAGACAGACUGCCCUUCAUCUGGCAGUGAUCACAGAGCAGCCCCAGCUGGUGGAGAAACUCCUGAAGGCCGGCUGUGACCCACGGUUGGCUGACGACAGUGGGAACACGGCUCUCCACAUCGCCUGCAAGAGGGGCUCCCUCGCCUGCUUCGGUGUCAUUACCCAGAACUGCCAGCACCACCUUACCUCCAUUGUGUCUUUCCCCAACUACAAUGGACACAACUGUCUCCACUUGGCAUCUAUUAAUGGCUACAUUUCAUUGGUGGAAAGCCUUGUUCGGCUGGGUGCAGACAUCAACGCACAGGAGCAAUGCAGUGGACGGACAGCCCUCCACCUGGCUGUGGAUCUUCAGAACCCCACACUGGUCCGUUGCCUCCUCGAGCUCGGUGCCGACGUCAACAGCCUGAACUAUGGUGGCUUCACUGCAUACCACCUCACCUACGGGCGCCAGAACGAAGACAUCCGUUGCCAGCUGUACGAGAGGACGGCGCAGGAGCUGAGGGAGCUCCCCGAAAGCGAAUCAGAUGAGAGUGAUAUGGAGGAUCUGGACCUGUCGGAAGAUGAGCUGUACGACGACAUAAAAUUCGGAAAGUAAACAGACCCAUCCCUCUGCUGAUGGUAUGAACGACAGUGAAGCUGCUACUGGGUUGCCCAGCCACGGCCCCCUACGAGGGACAAAUCAGUAUCCGUCCCCCAUCCAGGUCCAAGUCCAAAGGUGCUGGCCCUGGGAACGCAAACAUGAAUGAAGAUGGCGUCCAGCCUGGUCAAAGCCAGUCUGGGUCACAGAACUCUGUGCCAAGAACCACAAAACUGCAAGACCGUGACCUCUAUGUAGUCCUUCUGUAUACUGUAUAAACAUAUUGUGUAUAUAUCAGACAUGUAAUAUAUUGUAAAUACAGAGAUAUUAUUUUUGUACCUGUACAUAUGGUGUGUGAAUUGAAACACUAUUAACAAAAAAAUGCUCAGAAUAAAAAGAAGUCUAUGAAUAUAAA